CACCUGCAAGAAGCAGACUACAGGGUUCCAGGAUGGAUGAGACAGAGAAGUAUAAACAGCGACUGGAGGCCAUUGCUGAGAAGCGUCGGCUUCAGGAAGAGCAGGACAGAGCCAGGAGAGACAUGGAGGAUGAGAAGCUCAGACUACAGCAGCUCAAGAGGAAGUCCCUGAGGGACCAGUGGUUAAUGGAGGGACCUCCCUUGUCCCCAACCUCCACAGACGCGCAGAGCCCCCAAUCCCCUCUUUGGGGCUCCCAGGCCCUAGAGAUCGAAAAGCGCAUUGACAAGUUGCAGUCAGAGAGUCAGCGGUUGGCAGAGAAGGAAGAUAAGCUGAAAGAACAGAAUGAUGAUGGCCAAACUGAGGCUGUAAAAGUGUCAGAGGCCGGAGUAGAAAUGGUCCAAGAUGCUGUGGUGCAGAACGGAGAUGAUAACUCCACAGGAUCGAAAGAGGAAGUAAAGACAAACCAAAGUGCACUACUGGAUGAACCUGCAGCCAUCCUAACCAACGGCGGAGGAGACAUGGAAGCAGAGACCACUGACCACACUCAGUCCACCACCAAUGGACCAGUUAUUGCCUCGGAGGGUGAUAUUAGCAUGACAUUGGAGCCUGGCUUGAGCCUGGGUGUCUCUGAGGCAGAGCCUGGGGAAGUUUUAAAUGUAAACAUUGAUGAGGAAGAGGAAGAAGGGAUUCUGGUGAUGAGAGCAGAACGUGUGAUUAUCACAGAUGAAGGAGAUGAUGUACCUGAGGAUCUUACACUGCAGGAAGAUCAGCAAGAGACCAUGCAGUCAGAGGAAACUCCUCUGCCACAGGCAGAAGCAGGCCAAGAGGGAGGGGAGGCUAUGGAGGGGUUAGUAAAGACCAAAGAGGCUCCAGAAAUGUUCACACCACCAGAGAAGAAUGAGGCAACUGAACCCACUGCAGAGGCACAAUCAGCAACCGGAGAUGGAGACGUGCAGGGUUGCGUGAAGACAAACGGAGAUGGAGAGACAAAAGAAGGACGGGACAAAGAAUCGGAGGACCCGACCUGUGUGCAGGUGCAGUCUCCACAGGGCACUGUAGUGGCUUCGCUGCCAGUCUACUCCGAGGUGCAACCAUCCACUCUUCCUCCCGAGGCUAAAGCUGCAGCUGCAGCAUCGCCAGAGGAAGCUGAGGUGGCAUUAAAAGCCCAAGACCCUGCCACGCUGCUUGGCCAGUUCCAGGAGGUGCUGCUGGCUGAUCCCCAUGAAAAGCGGACGACAGAGGCAAGGCCGGGGGAGCAGGAACCCCUUCUGUCUCAGGCCAAAGCCCCCGACACCAUAAUAGAGCCAGCAGCAGCUGUCAAGACAGAGACACACAACCCGACCAGGGCUGGCCGGGGCGAGGUGGCUGAGGCACCCAAACACAAAAGCUGCCAGUGCUGCUCCGUCAUGUAAAUGCCCUUUCUGUACAUUUCCUCUCACCCUCUUCAGUCUGUCUCUGUGCUAUUCAAUUCAUAACGCACUCCUUCCCUCGUCUUUUUGUUUGAUACACUCAUCCUUUUCAAAUCGACUACUUCCCUUUCCUGAGCUCUCUCCGACGUGAAAAUAGGGGGAGGAGUCAUGGACUGGACUUGUCGGUGUUUAAGUGCCUUAAGCAGCCUUCUACCCAGAACUACAAUUUUAAAUUCUCUUCUCACGAACUGUGGACCAAAAUAUGAGGUUGUUGUUUUUUUUUACACUGUUUGAGUUUGAUUUAAGUUUUUCUGGUUUGCAGAUGAGCCAUCCAGUCUACAUAGGAUCCUAAAGCCCACAUGUUAGAAAUGGUUAAGCAAAAAACAGACUACAUAUGUAUUCUUUUAAACUGUUGUGUCUUCAUGUAUAAUUCAUUAGGGUCAUUUUCAUCAUCUAAACAUGACAUUUAACGUCCAAAUAUCUGGAGAGGUUCAGAGAGGACAUUCUUCUAAUUUAAUGACUUUAAAGCUGAAUAGUUUUAUUGAUUUUGGUCUUUUAUUAGAGAUACUUUUAAUCCAAGUAUAGAACCUGAACAUUUGUAUUCACUUUAUUCAUACAGGUUUUGACAAUACACAGACUAAUAGUAUGAAAUGGUCUAAUUUAUAAACAGCGUGCACCACUGAAUAUUUUGUGCAACGUUGUCAGAUUUAAAAGAGAUAUUAUUUUAAAUUGCCUGAAAGUAUGAAUUUUUUUUUUUUUUUUUUACCAGAUGUGCUUUUGAAAGAGGGGCUCCUGACAAAGCUCUGUGCACAAAUGUAUAAUCUGUGUACAGAAACAUGUGGAAUUGAGAGUGUCUGAGUUGUCUGCUUUGAAAUGAUUGAUGAAUGGUUCAAUGAUUAAACUGACAUUUGUGAUACAUUGCUUGAUGUACUUGAUGUUCAUCCAGCAUUUCUGGUCCUAGAACAGUCUAUUUGUCCGAAAACUGACACACUGGUUGAUGUUUAACCAUUUGUUUCGUAAUGUUUAUUUUUAUUUUUCAUUCCUAAAUCAGUUGACAUGUUUAGGAUAGCUGUCUGUCAUAAACUCCUGGCACACUUAAGAAAAUGAGAGUGGGAGUCUGCAGUCCCCCUCAGACAUUUCUUUAUCCAUGCAGCAUUAGUUUUGGUAAAUGUCCCCCUGAAGGGUAGAGGAGAACUAACGGGGACUAUCUAUAAGACAUUAUGCAUAAAGAGCAGGAUCACAGGGACUGAAAUCAUGAGAUGGUUGACCUGGUGUUCCUUGCAAUAAGUAAAAAAUAAAUAAAAUAAAAAGUCCUCCACUCAUGCAAGUACAUGGAGCUUGUUAAAGCUGCCUGAGGUCCCAGCAGUGCAUCUCCUGCCCUUGUAGUUCCAUGGCUAACAGCAGAGCCAUCUCAAGAGCAAAACCAAAGCCUGAGUUGUUGGGGAAAGUGAAGCAGCAAUGGGCCCUGUAACUGUGAAAAUAAGUCCUGCUGAGCUGAGAGCUCCCAGGGGGGUCGGGCCAACAGCAAUGGGAUUUCAGAGAACCAUCACAAGGAGCCAGUGCCUUUUAUGUAUUUUAAAAAUAAAUAGAAAACUGAGUACAAUGUGUUACUUGUUCUUAUGAGCAGGCCUUUGGAAAUCACUGAUACUUUUGAAACAUUAGUCUAAAACCAAAAUAGCUUUUUAAAUUCUUCAUAAUACAAAUUGUAACGAGAACAAAAUAACCAUAUUUUGCUGACUAUUCACAGAUGACACAUUUGUGCAGUCAAUUUGUGUCUAAUUGCAUGAAAGCAAUGAAUCUAAAGUGUCAGAGUAUGUCUACUGCUGCAAAGAUGACACAAGCUUUUUGGCUGUUGAGUUGGCGAAGGCUGGAGAAAUUGUUCUUUGUCACUUCAACAGCAAAGGACAAAUAAUGGGGAUAAACAAACAUCGCAAAAACAGUGUCCAGUAUUUGCAGAACUGGAACUUAACGAUAACAUUUUUCACACCAAAUUGAAUAGUUUUAGUUCAAAACCACAGUGCAAGUGAGUUAAGGUCAAAUUUAACAGAGUGCAUUACCCUAUAUACCCAUUUCCAUAAACACUAUGCACAUAGAAGAAGAUUCAAAGUCGUAUUGCCUGCUUUUAACUAUUGGUUAAGGUUGCAGUGAACUCACUACAAUAUUACAUAAGACAAGUGUAAAUAAUCAGGAAUCGCAGUCUUGAAAUAGUGCUUAUUUUCACAGAAAACACGGGUGGACAUUACUCUCGGUAUUGUAAACUGGAUUUUUCUGAUGCAUCUAUGAGAAAGGAGAUCAGAGUCGACACCGGCACUACUUGGAGAUGCUGCAGUGCCGCUGAGUCUAGAUGUACAGCCUUUUGAUUUCAACAUACAGAGACGUGUGUGCUGUGUGCGCCGUCACUCCUCUGGACUGUAAAGACUUUGGAAGACAGAGGGAUUGUGCCUGUUCAGCAAAAGGAGGGAAGUGGAUCAGAAGAAAAUGAAAAUGCCUCCACCUGUUUAGAUGGAUCCUACCAAGAUGCUUUGUCCACACCGGUCCCACCGCCGCCGUUUGGACUGAGGAGAACAAGUCUUCAGAGUCUUUGGCGGAUGAUAUGUGUUCAGUGUCAAUAAAAUGGAUGUCGAUA